AUGGGGGCACUUUUUACUCGAUUGUUUGAUCGCCUCUUCGGAAAGAAGGAGAUGCGCAUUCUCAUGGUCGGACUUGACGCGGCUGGGAAGACCACCAUUCUUUACAAGUUGAAGUUGGGUGAGAUUGUCACGACCAUUCCCACCAUCGGAUUCAAUGUUGAAACUGUGGAAUACAAGAAUGUUAACUUCACCGUAUGGGAUGUGGGAGGCCAGGACAAAAUUCGGCCCCUCUGGCGUCACUACUUCCAGAACACUCAAGGUCUUAUCUUUGUAGUUGACAGCAAUGAUCGGGAACGAUUAGUUGAAGCGCGAAAUGAGCUCAAUCGGAUGCUCAGUGAGGACGAGCUGCGUGAUGCUGUUCUUCUCGUGUUCGCCAAUAAACAGGAUCUCCCUAACGCCUGCCCAGCCAGUGAGAUGACCCAGAAGCUUGGUCUGAAUUCGCUCAAGAAUCGCCAGUGGUUUAUUCAAGCAACUUGUGCUACCACGGGGACCGGUCUGUAUGAGGGACUUGAUUGGAUGGCGAAGGCUUUAGCGGAGAAGAGUCGAUAA